GCUCAAGAGCGCAGUAGUUGACUAGAGCCGCCAUUAUGGCUUUCCGUAACCACGCUCUAGAAGCAAGAUUAGAAAAUUGUUUUUCCCCGUUUGUGACUGAGUGCGAGAGCGCAGUGACUACCGGAAUGAACUAGGAUACGUUCCGGGUCGUGUUACCGGGUCCCGGUGGACCUCCUAGCGGACCUUGGAAGUAGAUUUUCGCGUGUUUUUUUCUUCCGUUUGGUUUUCUUGGUUUGGGUCCCCGUUUUUUUGCACGCACUUCCAGUUCGAUCGGUAGUGUGAGAGAAGAAAGAGAAAAAGAGAAAGAAGCAGAGGUGACAGUCAACAAAUAGGCGUUUCACUAGCACUAGCAGCCACUGGAGCAAGCGAGAAAGAGGAGUAGCAAAAAAAGAUGUCGAAGCUUUCGUUUCGGGCGAGGGCCCUUGAUCCCUCGAAACCAAUGCCUAUAUAUUUGGCCGAGGAGCUGCCGGAUCUUCCGGAAUACUCGGCCAUCAACCGGGCCGUGCCACAGAUGCCCAGUGGGAUGGAAAAAGAGGAAGAAUCGGAGCACCACCUGCAGCGAGCAAUAUGUACAGGAUUAAUCAUUCCCACGCCGGAGGUGUUUGAAGCAACCGAUUCGGAGUUCUACGAACGGUACUAUCCGCAGGAUUACAAGAUGCCGAAGCAGAUGAUUCACAUGCAGCCGCUGAACCUGGAGCAGGAUGUACCCGACUACGAUAUGGACAGCGGGGACGAACAGUGGAUCAACACCCAGGGCAAGCGGCUGGAUCUGGACGCGUUGAGGUUUGAAACGAUGAUGGACCGUCUGGAGAGAAGUUCCGGCCAGACGGUGGUGACGCUGAAUGAAGCCAAAGCACUGCUGAAGCAGGACGAUGAAGUUAGCAUAGCCGUGUACGACUACUGGCUAAACAAGCGUUUGAAAACCCAACAUCCCCUGAUCCUGUCGGUGAAAACAGAAAGUAGGGGCAAUACGACCCCAAAUAAUCCAUACCUGGCAUUCCGGAGGCGAACGGAGAAGAUGCAGACCAGGAAGAAUCGCAAAAACGAUGAGUCCUCCUAUGAGAAGAUGCUGAAAUUGAGGCGAGAUCUCAGUCGAGCGGUAACCCUGCUGGAAAUGAUUAAACGGCGCGAGAAGAUGAAACGCGAACAGCUGCAUCUGAGUAUCGAAAUUUACGAGAAGCGCUAUCAGACGCAAGAUUUCAACGGGCAGCUGCUAGCUGAAUAUACCUCCACAGCAACGAAAGCCACUAGACCUGCAUUUGCGCCAAUCUACUCGAAUCAAUAUUCAUCGCACCAUUCCGCGCUGGCUGGUUCCGGCUCGGGUGUUACCGGCAGUUCUGGGACGGGAGCGGUGUACGGGAGUGGGGCGUCGUCGCACUAUCACGGCAGCAGUUCCAACAAGCGAGAUGCUGAAGCGCUGGCCACUGGGCGGAAAGAGAAGCGUCAGUAUAAGAAGCGGAAACAUAAAAUCCCCAAGGAACGCUCCUCGGCAAACAGUGCAGCAGUGGCCGGCAGCUCCGGGGUCGGUAUGGGUCAUUCCGGAGCGGGCUCGGCUGGUUACCACUAUCAGUAUCAUCCAGCGGGCGCCGGCAUCGGUGGAAGCGCAAUGCAGAAGUCGGCCGAAAGCGCCAUCGGAGGCGGACUUGGCACCGGCUCCGCCGACCCGGCACUGUCCUCCGACGACGAGGAACUCGCUAACCUGCAGGGUACCGCCACUCCCGAGGAGGAGCACACGUAUGCAUUUCGGCGGAGCAAAUUUAGUCAAUAUCAUAAGCCCAUUACGAAUGAUUUCGGCAAUUGGCCGUGGGAAUCCAAGGAGGACAAUGGCAAGGCAGAUCCGAGGUAUCGGUAUACGCUGACUUCUCUACGACAUCCAAGACCUCGCUGCAUUGGUUUCGCUCGGCGGCGCAUUGGACGCGGUGGCCGCGUCAUCAUCGAUCGCGCCACGACUGACCUGGACGAUCUGUGGGCCCGGUUGGACUACAAGAUUAUCGAGUCGGAAACGACACCGGCCGCUGCAGUGUCCGCCGAACCGGAGGAGGAAAGCAUCGUCAUCCCGGUUGCCACAGCGGCAGCAACAACAACAACAACGUCAGCAGCGCUAGAAAAUCCGGUGGACAGAAAGCGAAAGGAGGAAAGUAGUGGUCUGCUAGUGUACAGUGGUGGCAUAAAGCGAAGAAAACAGCUAGUGAUCAAGGAAGAAACGGACCUGGACGAACUGUUUAUGGCCGGUGUCGGCCUGGUUCGAAGACAUGAUGGCGAGGAACGGCUCGCUACUGGGGAUGAUGGGGUGCAAGUGAAACAGGAGAAUUUAAGUGAUGAGAGGACAUCAGCGACGGCGGCGUCCUCGUCGGCGUUUGUAAUUAGUAGUAAUAGUAGUAGCAGUUGUAGUACUAGUGGUAAUGUGAAUAACUCAGAAAAUAAUGUGAUAAAAAGUGAAGCUGGCGACGAAGGUGUUGUGGAGGUGAAGCAAGAAGUCCUGGAAGAUUAUGAGCACAUGAUAGACAAUGUAAAUAAUAGCUAUAGGAGCCGGAUCAGCAACAACAGCAACAGCAGUCGGCCAGUGAACGGGGGUAGCAGUAACAGCAGCAGCAGCAGCAGUAGUACUAAUGUCAAUAGAAACAAUUUUAUCCAAACGUUUAGUAAUAGUUUUAGCGGUAGUGUAGAGCAGAGUCGUGUGCUGUCCCAGUAUCAAACAACGAGGUCGACGACUUCUCCAGGGAUGACAUCAAGCAGUUUGCGACAAUCUUCUAGUAGUCGGUUGAAUGAAAACCUCGGCACUGAUGAUCCGUCGACCGAAUCCAGUAGAGCCGUUGCCAAUGUAUAUGCGGACCUGUUGGACGAGAUUCAAUCCAGUUGGCUGCACUUCCGGCCGAAGACUCCGGAACCCGUACCACUGGAGGAGGAUGCUGACCUGCUGCACGACGAUCCGUUGUUCCAAACGGACGCAAAUCGAAUAGCACUAGAGCUGCAAGCUAUUGGUGCCGAACUGCCGGGUGACAUCUUCAAUUCUGGCCCGACAGAGCAAAGCGUCUACCGAACGAAACCCUUCGCUUUGGAUACCCUCAUUGAGCCACACCCAUUGGGGCUGGAUGGUGGAAGCGCAAGUGGUAGUGCUGCGGCAACGGGCCGCAAGGACGGCGACGAUUUGGGAGUCAAGCUGGAAACUUGUUCUAAUUCGGAUAAUAAUCUCAGUGGGGACAGUUUGAAUGAUCUGAACCUUAGCUUAAACGAAUCCAACGAGGAUGAAAAGAUGCUGGACAAAAUCUUGCAAGAGUGCCAAAUUGACGAUAUGAAAUCGUUGAACCAGACGAGCAAUUUUUGGAAUGGAAUCCUGGAAGAUGGAAUACUUAAUCAGUUGGAGGGAACGGAUGAGGCCGGUGCUGGCACCGGCGCGGACGUUAAAGAGGAUCCACUCACGGUUGGUGAACUGAUAAAUGUUGUUCCUACUGUGGAGGAAGUGGCGGUAAACAAAAUUGGUUAUUGUUCCGAGUUGGUAGGUUUCGAUCGGCCAUCGACUGUUGAACGAUUCAAGAGCAAACGACGAAAGAUUCUGAAGCGAUGCAAUUACCAAGUCGGGAGCAGUUUCUUUGUUGUGCGCAAUCCGCCCAAAGAGGAGAUUUUCCGACCUCAACCCAAUGUCGAAGAGAAUGUUCCUGCUUCUGAAAAAAACGGAGCGCCUGCAACGGCGGCGGCGGCCGAAACGGAGGUGAAAACUGAAGAACCAAGUGAGCCAGCCUCUGCUACCAUUCCCGCCGACCAGAUUAAAAUCGAGCCUCCUGACGAACUGCUUGCGGCAUCUUCACCCUCUUCGUCACAAGUAGCUGCUCCUAAUCACCAAUCGAACGCGGUGGUGCUGCCCGCUGGAAGUGGUUAUCAUCAGCAAUCGAUUUCCCUCCCUCAAAUAAAGCUCGAACCAGUAAAUCAUCUGCAAGCUGCUACGCCUACCCUUCCACCAUCAGCUUCAUCAGCUGCUACAUCAUUCCUGAUCACUUCUCCUGCAGUGCAAGUGGUCCAACAGCAGCAGUCUCAGACAGUGAUAAACCCUCUAGUAGCAGCGACACAAUCGACUGUACCGGUAAUUCCUCAACAACAACAACAGCAGCAGCAAUCAACCGCUCAAAUCACUAUUGCAACUGGUGCAGGGACAGCGGGAAGUGCCAGUAGUAGUGGUACCUCAACUCCAACCGGAAGUUACAUCGUUCAGCAUACGACGCCAAUCGUUUUGUCCCAGCAGCAGAUGCAGCAGCUGGCAAACAGUGGAGGCAACAUAGUUACUGUUAGCGGUAAUCAGGUGGUGACAACGAAGCAGCAGCUAGGACAGCAGUUGGUGCAACACCAGCAACAGCAGCAGCAACAAAUACAGCUUCAACACGGACUUACCCAUCAGGGUGAAACUUAUGUCCUGACGGCGACCCCAGCCGGUGCGUCGACCCUCAAGAAGCAGUUGAAUGGACCGAACGAUAAGACAGUGCUGAAAAAUGUUUCUUUUCUUCCAGUGAAACAAAACGUCAUCAACCCUAAGUUCCAUACGCUUAUUAACCAGAAGCUGGCCGCAGGCCAGAAAACUGGAGAUCUCAAUAAAAAACAGCUGGAGAUGAUAACGAAAGCACUCGUUUCGUCACAGAAAAUGAUCGUAAAAUCGGCCACACCGGUCAAUCACAGCGCCGCUGCUCAAAUGGUGCAGCAGCAGCUCCAGCAGCAGCAGGGCAAUGUCGGAGGAACGAGCACGUACAACGUGGUUCACCAGAACUCGCUACAGCAGCCAAUCACGAUCCUGUCGGCGACCAGCCAGAAUCCGCAGCAGCCGACACAGAACAAGAUCAUACUGACAUCGUCGCCGCAGUUCUUACAGCAGAAAAUUGCACUCAAUUCCAACCUGGUAGCUGCCGGUCAGCAAGCAGCCCAACAAGCUCAAUUCCAAACGGAUGCCACAAUCGCGGGACAGACGGGAACUGGAGGCAGCACGGUGGUGGGCCAACCUGGCCAGCACGUGAAGCUGGAGAAAACUGUUAACAUGCUGUUCGAUGCUGACAAGAAUCGGAUAGUAUACACCAACAUUAAGAACAGUCGCGGCCAAUUUCUGGCCCAAUUAAAUCCGAAAGUUGUAAAUAUUAUCCAACCCAUUCAGCAACAGAAGCUAGUGAACAGUGUAGGCACCCUACAGCAGCAGCAAACGCAACAGCACACAACGACGGUACAGAGUCUGCUGGGAGGCUCAUCAACUACCACAAUUGUAAAUAGUAAAAGCUUUCAGCGGAUACCGGCGGUGAGUAUUCGCGCGCAGCAGAUACAACAACAGCAGCAGCAGCAGCAGCAGCAACAACAACAGCAGCAGCAUCAGCAUCAACAGCAGCAGCUAGAUUCGCAUGGUACGACUACGGUUGCGCUUGCUACUAACAAUGCAACCAAUAGUAUCAAGUUUAUCCAAGUGACACCAGCAACGGCGGCUGCCGCAGCAGCUGCUGCUGCGGCUGCAGCUUCUGCCGGCAAUAACGACAACACAGCAGCAGCAGCGUCAGUGGUGGCCGCCUCGAUAGGUGGCAGCAAUACCGUGGCUACUGCUACCACUAUGGUUGUGUCCGCUUCGUCGUCCUCCGCCUGCUCCUCAUCCUCGUCCUCAUCCUUAUCCACAGCUGGGGGCAGCAGCGGAAAUUCCGCCGCUACAGCCACCCCUCCCACCAGUAUCAACAUUACCAACAGGUGAGAAUCGAAGAGCAGCCAGCUCGGUAGGUAACUGUUGUUAAUUUUAACUCUAACUUAUCAAUAACGAUUAUAUUUAGGUAAACUUGUCAGUGUUGUGUAAACAAAAGAGAGAAGGAAGAAAAACGAAAAUGAAGCAUAAAAAACAUGAUGAAAACGAAGAACGAAUCAGAGAAUCCAAUUCCAAAUUGUAAUCCCAUUUACGAUGUAUGUAUUCCGAAGAUGGAUCGAGAAAGAGAGCAGAGGUUUGUCUCCUGUCCGUUAUUCGAAACCGUUGCGUGAGCGUCUGUACUUUUCUUGCGACGAUUCGGCUUUCAGUGCCGCGUUAUGAUGAAUCAUACUUUUUUUUCUCCUUUAUACUGACGUAUGAAGCCUUCCACUAGGGAGGAAUUUAUCAAAGUGCAAGAAUAAGACGGUAAAGAUAAAGCAGCACAGAAAGAGAUAGAUAGAUAGAUAAAGCUGUCUAGGGUGAUAGCAUGGUACGUACUCGUAAGAAUUGUACUUUUCAGUGAAUAUAUAUUUCUUUGCAUAGUGAGAUGUGUAAGGCACGUCUUAUUUUAGCAGUAGUUGCCCUAGAAUGGGACGAUACUGGAACCCGCAUGGGGGGGAUCCAGCUCGAGUUAAUCUAUUUAAACUCUUUCACUAUUAAAUGAACGAACGUAAGAGUAAUUAUUUGUUGCGCAAAAUCGUCAACGGAUUUUGCUUUUCAUUUGUCUAUAUUGUGGCUGUGUUAGCAUCAACUGUAACGACGAUUGCAGCUCGCGCGGAGAUAGGUUUCGUUAUAUUUUUUUUUUAAUCAUGAAAACAAAAAGUUUAUCUAUGAAACCAUAUAGAGUACAAUUCCUAUUUGCUUUUCGCUCUCCGAACAAAAUUGAUUUUUCAGACAUCCUGUCGAAUCACAUCUCGUAUUUUUUAAUGUUAUUCGUCAAACAUUUGUUAAUCAAUUGUUUCUUAGCUUACGAAAUCUUGACAUUUCUUCUAAGUCGUAUCACAUGCUUAUCGUAGAGACGCAACAAUGCAAUGUACUUCCAGCUCUUCGUGUCGUGUUUAUUUAUGACUGAGGACAGCCUGGAUUCUUCUUGUUAGAAUACUUUGGGUAAAAAACAAGCUCAAAACUCUUGCUGCUGUUAGUCGUUAACAGUUGUUUUUCCUCGUUCUCUUAUCUUCACGACCUCUGUUCACCGUAAAUCCGCAGCAGUAAUUUACAACAGUAAACUGGUACUUGUAAAAAGAAUAGUUGUUAAAACAAUCUCUUGCACGGUAUUGCUUGUGAGAAUGCGAGUGCGCUGCGGCAGCAUUAGAAGAAAAAAAAUCAGUAGAAAAACUGCUCUUUCUCCUACCCGGAAGCUCAGAACGGUAAACAUUAUAGAAUGAAUAAAACGCUUAUAGCUCUCUUGGAAAGUCGUCGGAAAGUGGAACAGCAGCCGUCUUUCCACGUCCGAGCGACUGGAGAGAAAAGACAAUUGUUUUAAAUUGUUCUUAUGUGAUUAAUACGAAAAAUAAAAGCAAACUUCUUUUCAACUUUCUUCGGUUUAGUCAGUUGAUGAAGAAGCAAAGGUAAAUGUUAGUUUCCUGCGACGUGAACAGCUGUUCGCUGCUUCGUGAACGGUGUGUAUGUUUUCUAGCGUGAGUGCGUCAAUAGUUUUGUUGUGUUUAAAAGUUUUGUGGUUGGUAUUGAUUAAUGGAAACAAGAAAUCAAACAUUUAAAUAAAAGAAGAAAAUAAAUCAUCUGAUGCGUCCUGGAGCUCUGUCUGGAGCAGUAAAAGAAGUGUGAAUAUGUUUAGAAGUCUAAUGUAAACUGCGAAACAAACCAUCUUCUGAUUGCGCUUCAAUAUUGUAAUUUAAAGGAAAAAAAAUCAAGAGAGUAAAAUAAACUAACAGUUGUCAUUUACGUGUACUUUGGAGGAAAUUUCAAAUAGAACAUUCUGAGCAAAAUUCGGUAAAAAAAAGAUAAACACAGUGAGAAAUCUACCAGGUUUAACUUAAUUCGGAACGAGAAAACUUACUAAACAAAAAAUCACUUAACUACUAUCCUACGAAAAAAAAAACAACAACAACAUAAGCUGAAUAUACAUCCAUAUUGAGAGAAAGAGAGGAAAGCAACCUUCAGAAAGUAUUAUUCUUAUCGAACUACAGUGGAGAAGUAAUAAAAAAUACUGAAAAUAGGUUUUUAAUUAAAUUAAAUUAUUAUUUUUUGUACACAAGAUUAAAGUAAGAAAUUUAAAAUAUACAUACUUCAAGAUAACUAUGAACAUUAAAAA